ACCUGACGAUACAAGCAAAACACAACCCUUGUAAACAGCAGUAUACAAAUUUUGAGCUCAAAACCCUAAUGGCACCCAAGCGAAAAGCUGAUGAUCUACCCCCUCCAAGCAGUGAAUCUGUUGAUGAAGAACACUCUACCAGCAGUGAUGACUCCGAUUCAAUUCCUCAACAACUCACUCAACCCAAACCUCAAAAAACCAACCAAGAAUCCGAAGAAUCUGAAGAGUCUGGAGAAUCCGAAGAAACAGACUCUGACUCUGAUGCUAGUUCUGAAAAAACCCAGAAGCCCAAUUCUGCUGUUUCACCACCAGCUUUGAAACCGGCCCAAUUGAAGCCCAAUGGCAAGCGUGCAGCUGAGAAUGAUCAAAUCGGUAAGGGUUCGAUGGGCAAGAAGAGUAAGACUGCCGACGAGGGUUUGAAGGCUGUUAAGAAAGUCGGUAAGGGUUCGAAGAGUGAUGAUAAUGUGGAUAAGGGUUUGAAGAGUGAUAAGGGUAAGAGUGUGAAGAAGGAUUCGAAAAAGGGUGAAAUUAGUAAAGGGGAUGAUGGUGAGAAUGAGGAUAAGAAGGCGGAUACUUUUAGGAGGGUGUUUACGGAAAAAGAUGAGAUUGUGAUGUUGGAAGGUAUAAUUGAGUAUAAGGAAAAUGGGAAGGGGGCUGAUUCUAGUUUAAGUAUGGCUGAAUUUGUUGAGGACUCGUUGUCGUGUAGUGUUACUAGGAGUAAGAUUUCUGAUAAGAUUAGGAGGUUGAAGAAGAAAUAUUUGAAUAAUGUGGGGAAAGGAAAGGAUGGUGAGGAUCCGGUUUUUUCAAAGCCUCAUGAGUAUAAGGUGUUUCAGCUUUCGAAGAAGAUAUGGGGAAGUGGGGGUUGGGGGAGUGGUGAUAGUAGGCCGAGGAGUAGCAGGACAACAAAGAAGAAGGAUGAUAAUGUGGGUAGUGAAAUCGCAGUUGGAAAUGAGGUUGAGAUGGAAGAUUGCUGGUCGUUGUAUCCGUGUUUGUGCGCUUCUCUUGAGUCAGAAAUGGUGAAAAACAUUUCAGGGCCAGUGACUCCAAAGGAACAUGUGAAGAAGGUAGUAAGUGGGCUUGAGAAAGAAAAAGCUAAAGAACUAGAACAAGAAUGGAAGGGUGUCGUUAUGUUUGAGCUACAGGUGUAUGCAAAGAGGAAGAAUGUGAUAGCUAAGCAAGCUGUAGCUGCGGUGAAUGCACUUCAUCCUCAAAAUCAUUGAGGAGAGGUUAGCAACCUUUAAACACACCUUGCUGCUGACAUGUUGGUAGCUGUUUCUGAUGAAUGCGUGUGUGGCUAUGCAUAUCCAAGUACAAUUGCAAAGACAUUUUUGAGAAUCAAAUUAAACUUUUGUCACAAGCUCCUCCCAAAAGUUGUGCACUUUUAGGUUGCUUCUCUUUGUAAAGACUUCUGCUUUGCAUGGUUAUGACUAAUGUACUCUGUUCUCCUUCAAAAUUAGUUUUUUUUUGAAUGAUUUCUGCUAUGGGAUUUUUUUGCCUGCUA